UUCAAAGUGGAUGCUCUACAUCGGAAAUCGCUGCAAAAAUUCCACGGUUUUAGAGAAAAAUAACCUGUCACCGAUAAAGAUUGUGUAAAAGACAGAAAAAAUCAUGGAUACCAGGUAUUCGCCUGCCAGAUCACCCUACCUCAGCAGUACGCAAUCUCCAUACAGACCCUCGUACUCUCACCUUUACGAAGGCUAUAGUAGAUCACCGGCUGUACGGGAUAACGAAGAUUCCUAUCGAGACUAUCCAAAUAGUAGACCGCUACUAGAUGACCAGGUCUACCCACCGUCACCGAGCACACCCACCAGAUCUCUUCUGAAAACUACUAUGGCUAGAUCGCCUUCAAAGGCCGGCAUCCCAGAAAGCAACACUCGAGCUGUCAUUUCGGCGUUGAGGGGCUUGCAGGAUAAAAUACGCAAGCUAGAGUCUGAGAGGUCAAUGGCCGAGGAGAAUCUAAAAACGCUCGCUACUGAGACCACGGAAUAUAAAGAAAUACUGCAGAAGGGAAACACUGUGACGAAAACAUCGCAGACAGAAAUGUCAAAACAUUCUCAGGAAGUUGAAAGUCAACUGACUGCUGCUGAGAGUAGAUGUAACCUUCUUGAGAAGCAACUUGAGUAUAUGCGCAAGAUGGUGCAGAACGCCGAGUCUGACCGUAAUAAUGCGCUGCGGCGAUCAGAGAUUCUAGAACAGCAUCAGUCUGAACGGAAAACUGACGAUAUGAGAAUGCAGUACGACAAAGUUGAACAACUUGAGCGAGAUCACGCCCGCUUGAUAGCAACACAGACUGUAGCUGAUAGUAAAAUCCGUGAACUAGAAGAGAAAAUAAAAGAAGAGACGCAUCGGAGGAAAUUGAUGCAGGAUAAAGCAGCUGAGUUGCAGACAGUAGCGGAGGCGAACCGUAUUCUUCAAGCAACUGAAAACUCGCCUCGUGAACCAAAAACUAAGAAGCCAAAGAAGAAGAAGAAAAAGAAAGUGCCUUGCAAGAAACUAGAACAUGAACAUCUAUCACAUUCUGAGCCUCGCAAACAUUACAGACUUAAUUUAGCAGAGAUCCCAUUUGUAGCUGGCAAGUCAACGACGCCCAGUCACAGCAUUGGCGCUAAUUUCCAAAACGUUUUAGCCAUGAUGAAACUACACAACCCAGCCUGGUGUGAUGGACAUGCUCAACAUUAUGCGAGAACGCCACGAAGUGCGAAAUCAGCACCCCCGAGGAGGAGGCGGACAUCCAUAUCAUCGACAUCAACAUCCGAUAGCGAUCUGUCAGACUUACUUCAUGCACUACAGGACGAAUUUGGACAAAUGGGGUUUGAACAUCAGGAACUAGCAAAACAAAUACAGGAAGCAAAUGAUCCCAGGAUACAGGAAGAUCUUGAGAGAGAACUGGACGACUUGGUAUCUAGGAUGGAAGCAAAAGGAGAACAAAUAUCAAGACUUAAACGACACAGAGAAACGUUAUCUGAAAAAAAGAAGAAAAGGCAACGAUCGCGUAGCCGACCUUGCAGCGGCCGUCAAAGGGCAGCUUCAGUGACCAGCCCACUGUCAUCCAACGGAGAAAGUACAAGUGGAGAAGUCCAAGUGAUAACGACCGUGAAGACUAGAGGGCGUAUCGCACAACCAGUCACUAUACAGCAAGGGGACGGCAAACAGAGCCUCCGCAUGUUGAAAGAUAUGCAGACACUGAAGACAUCACUUCGUAAAGACGAUGUCAAAUGGGACUGA